UAUCAGUAUAGCUUCAGCUGUCGCAUCAAAAACAUCAAACCCCGACUAAUAAAAUGGAUGACAAGGAUUUGCAGAAACACUAUGAGCGCGUUAUGCGCGACUUGCAGAAGGAAAGGCUUUUGACCUUUGAGGAGAUGUUGGAAAUUACCAAGAUCCCACCGGAGAUUCUCAAGAGAACCAUUGCUGUCCUGGCACCUGGUCUUUGCUGUUACCAGAAGCUAAAGGCCGAGCAGGAAGAGGAGGAGGAGGAGAAUUUCGAUGAGCACUGGACUGUGCAGGAUAUGCAGGAUAUAGCGGAUUUCGAGGAGAAGCGGCAGCGGGUUAUGGAUAAAUAUCACAAGAAGGCUAAAAAGGAAGUUAAGAAUAUGAGAAACAAGGAAAAUAUUAUUAAAGAUAAAAGCCAGCAUGAAGAGUUUGAUGAUAAUCCCAAUUUCGAGAGAGACCAAGAGAUUGUCAGCUUCGAGGACCUGGUGAAGCUCACAUUCACCCAUCCCUUUUACCUGGAGAGAUGUCUGUGCCACCUGGCUAUAUUGGCCGAAACUGAAGAAGGAAAACCCGAGGAAAAUUUCAAUGAUGAAGAUGAAAACAUGUAACCAGAAUUUUGGUUUAUGUUUUCUUAUUUGAUAUUAUAUAAUGGAGAUUUUCAAUA